GUCUGGUGCUCUGUCUUGUGUACUAACUGUACUGUGGUCUUAAGUGUGGCAUAGCAUAAUAUUGUAUUAUUAUCACUUUACCCGUGUUGUCACUAUAAUUGCUCAAAAUGCAUUUAGCAAUCUGUCGUGGUAUAGUAAGUUGUAUUGUUUGCCAAUAAUUCUUUCGUCGGUGAUAGUAACUGUUAUUAUCGUAGUGCGUCGCACUCGCAGGUCACAGUUGACGACACAAACUUUUCUUUUGUUUUGUUUUUGUUUUUCGUGAAUAAUAUUUCACAAUAAAUUGUCAAUUAUAAUAUAUUUGUUCCGCAUCAAUUAAUAUUAUCAUUGUUGUACCAUAACCCACACAGUCUUGUACUCUUGUAUAAGACUGAUCAGAGGCCGUUCAAAAGCCAAUGACACAGAUUACUGGGGUGAAUAAUACAUCUAUCAUGGGACGUCGUUUAACUGGACCUUCUGCCAGAACUCGUGAUGCACAACCCCUUCCAUUAUCAACACAACAUAAUUCAUCUGCGACAAAUGAUCGAAAUAAUUUGUCACAACAUGAUGAACUUAUUCAUUUUGUUGGUGGUUCAUGGAAUGUUAUUUUUCAAGAAUAUCAAAAUGGAAACCAAGGAUCUAAUGGCCGUUUUCAUAUACAGUUCUACGAAGAAGGAAAUAGUGAUACAUUAAAAGGAUUUAAACCCUUUGAUCUAGAAGCUUGGUGGGGAAAACAAACUAUUCAACGAUACCAACAACGUUCCUAAUAUUAUUACACUAAUAUAUUGUAUUGUAUUUUUCAGUUAAUUUUUUUUUCCAAUUAUUUAAUAUACAAAAUGGCAUAUGCCUAAUGUCUUGAUACUGACAAUUAAAUUAUAUUUUAUUAUCUGCUAUUAUUUAUUAAUCAUCAGCCUCAUGCAGGUAUGUUCUAAUAUUUAUU